CGCUUUUCGGCUUUAACGUUGCGUUCAACGUGUUCUCAGGCCAGACAAACAUGGGUAUGGAGACCGCGCGUUGGACAGGCGGGGAAUUGCGAAAGCUACCCCAAGAAUUCAGCCUUGGGGAUGAGCAUUACCUUGCCCUUUGGCCUCGCCACUUUAACGUCCAUGAAUUCACCGAAUCCUCCCUACUAACUGUCCUUGAGUUUGACAACACUGGUCCCGUCACUCUGGACUGGAUCAGGCGCACCAUCGACACAUUCUCAACCGACGAUGUCUUCCGUUUAGAGUUCCUGAGAGCCGUCUUGAUCACCCAUUCGGGAACAUCUGAUCUCAAUAUCACGUCGGACGCUCGUUCCUAUCUUCGCAAAAAGGGUGCGCACUUCAUCGCAACCCAGGUCGAUGCUGGAGACACGCAACCGCCGGAUCCUGGGCCCUACAUCUAUUCUGACCAAAACGUUCACCCGGUAUGGAGGCUCUACGAGGAUACUCAUAACGCAUUCCUCCAUACGCUGAUUCCCGGCGAUACUGGUGAACCUUUCAAGCUCCGAACGGCCGGGUCGACUCCGCAGACGCUCACUGUCGCAGUGCCUACGAGAAUUCGAAGCAAGACAAGGAAUGGGAGCAGCACUGGUCUGCCUCUGAAUGGCUGGAGGGUCGCGGUCAAGGACAAUUUUCAGAUUAAGAAUGUUCGCAUGUCGGCGUGCAAUCGAGCGUACUACGAGCUGUAUUCCGCAGCUACGAAAACGGCUACUUGCAUUGAGAGACUAUACAGUGCUGGGGGUGUUGUAGUUGGCACAACGAAGCUGGCUUCAUUUGCAGCUACGGAAGAACCUAUGGAAUGCAUUGACUGGCAAGCCCCUUGGAAUCCGCGAGCAGACAGGUAUCAAUCGCCUGCUGGUAGCAGCAGUGGCAGCGGAGCAGCAGUAGCCGCCUAUUCUUGGUUGGACAUUGCUGUAGGUUCCGAUACUAGUGGGAGUGGGCGGCGUCCAGGUCAUUGGAAUGGGUGCUUUGCCAUGCGACCUUCCCACGGGCAUUUAUCUCAUGAUGGGUUCCUCGCCAGCUUUCCACGAUUCGACACGCCAACGUUCUUUGGCCGAGAGCUUGAAAAGUGUAAACAGUUUGCGGAAGCUUGGUACGGUAGGAGCCUGCCAUUACAAACCUCAAACGGAUCGAAGCCCUUUGCCAUCAUAUAUGCGUCUGAUUAUAUGAAGAUAAUAGGCAACCAACAACAACUAAAGCUGAUAGAUGAGUUCGUCACGGAUCUUGAGGACUCGCUAGGUGUGAAACAUGAGCGCGUCUCUUUCGAUGAAGCCUGGGAAUCAAAUCCUCCGUCCGAAGCCAAUGGAGAGUCCUUGGAGGAGUAUAUGAAAGACGCCUCUCGCGACUCAUUCUUUUACGUGGACUACCAUAACUUCGACCCCUUUCGAGAGGACUACAAGCAGAAGUAUGGAAGAGACGCUUACAUCAGUCCACCUGUCAGAUGGCAAUGGGAGCUGUCCUCGAACAUCACGAAGGACGCCAACUUGGAAGCUAUGAAGAGACUAGAGGUAUAUAAGGAUUGGUUUGCAGGUGUAGUGAUGAAGUCCAAGGAGCGUAACGCGCUCGUUCUCAUUCCGAUCGAGGAGAUAUCGCCCCGCUAUCGAGAUGAGCUUCCUACGAAGCAUUUCAAUCCCAUUGGAGUACCGAAUCUGUUCCUAUCGCCCAUCCUCGAAGCACCUGAAUUGACGAUACCGAUUGGCGAGUAUGCAUUUCAGUCCAAGAUUAGCGGUAGGACUGAGAAACUUCCAAUCGCUAUCUCCAUGAUAGGCAUGCCCGGUCAAGAUCUCGCACUCUUUGAUGUAGCUUUGGACACACUCCGCAAGGCGGGUAGACCGACGCAUGUCUUGGCCGGAAACACUCUCUUUCCGGGCCCUUGA